AAUUUCUUUUCAGAUCUGGCAACACAAAUCAAGCAACGCUAAUAAUCAGAGAAAAAAUUGUGAAAAAAAUAUAAUAUUGUUUGUACUUAUAAUUGAAAAAAAUACGCAACUUUUGAAAACGCAUAUAAAAAACCUAAUGGAUUUUAGACACAGUAACAUUGAUGCCUUUGGCAAUGGCCAGCGUCGCGGUGGAAUUGGUGGAAACGGCGGCGGUGGUGGAAGCGGCUUUAACUCGGCAUUUUACAGCAACAACAACAUGGGCAACUUUAAUAAUGGAGGAGGCGGAAAAAACAGCAUCUUGAGUAAUUUUCGGGAUCGCAUGGCUUUGCCCACCGGGAACAACAACACCAAUUACAAUUCUCAUUCCAACAACUAUAAUGAAAAUAUGAAUCGUGAUUCAUUAAUGAUCAGGAACCGCAGUCCACCACCUAUGGCUAUGCCAUCUAUUAACCGAAAUCCCAACUUUAAUGACAAUCGAAACUACGGGAAUAGAAGUCAAGAUGCGUUCUUCUCUAGAAACCGGAGUCCAUCGCCAACCCCUUACAAUUUCGGCGGCAACAUGUCCAAUGAUUAUAGCGGGAAUCGAUCUAAUGAUAGGGAUAUGGGUUACCGCGACAAUGUUGGUAACAUUGGCAAUUUCGGCCAGCAGCAAAUGCAGGGUGAUCGCUACGGCCAGCAGCAAAUGCAGGGUGAUCGCUACGGCCAGAAUAACAAUUAUAACAAUUCCAACAAUAUGAAUCAGAAUCAAGGAGGACAGCGUCAACCCUUGAUGAAUUCUGAUGAUAUAUUUGCGGCCAAACGUCGCCUUUUGGAAGACAACAUGCUAGAUUCAGGACGCUCCUCUAAUAACUGGAGUAAUGGCGGCAACUACGGUAACCCAUCGCCGUCCAUAUCUCAGUCAAACUAUGUAAAUCAAAAUCGAAAUUUCAACAUACAAAAUUCAGAGGAAAAUUUUGGAGGUCCUCGCGGUGGUCGAUCGGUCAAUAUAAAUUCUCGGCAAGAUGAAGUUAUUUUUAACCAAGGCGGAGGCAACUUUGGCAAUGAGGGUUUCCAGGGAAAUACGAUGUACCGUGAAAACGAACGUAACAUGGGUCGCAAUAACGGUGGAAAUGUUGGACAAUCAUUUGGGCCAAACAAUUGGCAGCAACCCUCGAUGGGAAAUUCUAAUAUACAAAGAUCGAAUGUGAACUCCAAUCAAAACUCUGGAUUUCAAUCUUCAGAUACGUGGCGUGCCAGUCAAAGGGAUUAUAAUGCCAAUCGGAAUUCAAAUCAAUCUCCAAACAGAGCAGCCGCGUACAAUAAACCGGCCGCACCAUUAAAUAAUAAUAGGAAUAACCAGCAGGCAGCUACUGUACGUGGCGGAUUGGGAGCAGCUAAUGUACGUGGCGGAUCAGGAGCAGUUAAUACACGUGGCGGAUCAGGAGCAGCUAAUGCACGAGCGGGAGGUGCAGGAGUAGUAGUCGGUGGACGGAGUGCUGCAACUCAAAACAAUCGUCAGCUCAAACCUCAAACCAUUCCAAUGGUAAAUAAAAACACAAAUGUUAAGCCACAAAUUGAAACUAAAAAAACUGGGCCAGCAAUUAAGAGAGCUGUUCCUGCUCGUCCUGGUGUAGCACAGCCGGGUGUGGGUCGGCCAGGUAUAGGUCGUCCUGCUGUAGCUCGUCCAGUUGGUGCUGCCAACGUAGGUCGCUCUGCCGUUCGAUCUGGUGCAGCUCGUCUUAACGUGGCACGACCUGGUGUAGGGCGUCCAGUUGUAAUUCGUGGCCGUGUUGCUCGUCCUGUUCCUUCCAACAGAAGGGGCAAUAAGGCAUCAGCCCAAACGAAAAUUGUUGCAGCGAAGGGCCAAAAGACAGUAGCUAAGCCAGCAACUGCUAACAAAACAAGCCCCACCAACAGCGGUAGCACCACCACCAACCCCCCCAAAAGCAAGGCCGAAAAGAGGAAGCGCCAAUAUGCCCGCAAGCGUGGUUUUAGGCUUGGAGGCGUCAAGUUGACGUAUAUUAACAACAAGAACGAAAAACUGCCCCAACCGGAAGAGGAAUCCUAUGCUCUGGCAUUUUUCGAGGAGAAGCCCAUUUACACUAUCAACGUAAAGAAUGAGGACGAUGAAGUGACUGCCGCUGUGGUAUUCGAUGAUGCAGAUCAGAAGGACACCAAAGGCGAUUUGGAACGACCCUCGCGUACUAUGGGCAAACGGGCACGUAAGCAAUUGCGAAUGGAGUGGACUACGCUCCACGAUUCUAAAGAUUAUAAGAGCUGGAAGAAUUGGUGGACCGACUUCAAGCGUUAUGGAGCCGAAAUCCAUAAGGAAUUGGUGAAACUAGGUUGUUUAAACCUAGAGCAUUGUUUUUUGCCAUAUCUACCAAACUCCGUCAAUUUAAGCACCGAACAAGUUGUGCAUGGUGUCAUUAAAUCGGUACAAUUUGCUUUGGGCGAUAUGCCAGGAAUGCCUUAUGAUACCAUGAAGUCGAUCGUCACCCUGAUGAAUACCACAUUUUUGGAGAAUCUUAAGUCGGAAACGGACCUGGAGACUCUUCAGGACACUAUACGCAGUGUCCCGAAUGACCUGUGGCUUUUCAAAAUGCGUAGCAUGGUCUUCCUAUGGGUCAAAUAUAAUGAAAUCGUAAAUAAUGUGAAGGCAACAGAUGAAGAGAAACCGAAACCUGAGGAUAAAGAAGCUGAUGCCAAGACUGCGGCUACCAUUGAGGAGGGAAUCACCAGCAUAAAAUGGAUGGCCAAACAGGCCUUUAAAAAUCCAUGCUUCCAUUGGUUGUCAAUGUUGGCCUUUAGCGAACUAGAGACUAUCAGUGAAUUCGCUUGGUCGGAUCAUGAAAAGGAAUUCCCUACGAUCUAAGGAGAUCGUAUUUUAUUUGAACUGUAUACAAAUCUUUACAGAUACAGAUUGUUAGUUCUAAGCUAAUUCCUCUGAUUAGCAAAUACUUUGCGAAUAACUAACAUUUGUAUUACUUAACAUAUAAUUUUGAUUGUAAUAAACUCAACAGAAUAAAGAAGUCCGUAAUUAGACAAAAUAUUACAUUUUA